UGACAUAGACGGAAUGUGACAUAAACUGAAAAUUUUUGCACGAUCAAAACAAUAUCCAGCAAAAACAGAACCGGAUUGUGAUUCCAAUUUAGAGUUUAGCAUAAGAGUUCAUGUAUUAGAACCAAAUACAAUUAGAUUUAAACGAUUCAAAACCUUAUAGUAAUUAGGAAAAUGAAAACAGUUUCAUUCAAUGUUAAGCUGCCAGACCAAUGUUAUAAAUUUUCGAUAAGUAAACACCACAACAAAUGCACAAACAUCGAACCAAUUGAGAUUAAAGAUGUGACCGGCAUUACAAAAAGUAUAACUCCAAAUCAACUGGUGUACGUGAUGAAGGAGUUCAAUUUGCUCAAUCGAUUCCGUCGGCGAAUAUUCAAUCUUCUUAAGGAAUUAAGCUCAACAACGGUGCUUUUUUAUGUCAUUGAGCCCAUCAAUGGUGGACUAAUCGAUUAUGCUUGGUGUCGGCGUGCAUUUAGGAUAACAUGGGAAAAGGUUGAAAUCGAGAAUCUGAUGUCGUGGCUUUCAACACUUGGUGGUGCCUUCUCUGCUCUGGGCGAUUCAUUUGAAAAAUGUGCUGAAAAAGCGGGACGUAUAUCAGAAUACCAACUAAAAUUGGCAUCCAAAAGUGGUGAUCCAUCAAUCAUUGCGCGAUGCAAACUUUAUUACAGCAUAUCACUGAUACAGAAGGGACGAUUGAAGGCGGCCAAAAAACUUGUCCUCGAACAAUAUGAAUUCGCAAAAGAAGAACGAUUGACGGGUGACGAACGAACAUACAAAAUGUGUCACGGAAUCUGGCUCAAAUUGCAAUAUGCUCAUUCGUUGAAGCGUCUACAACGACAGAAAAUCAGUCAAUGAUAACGGUAAACAUAGAAUUAAGUCCAUUAGUAGCCAUGAAAAUGACCUUUUAUCUUGUAAAUCUGUAAGAAAAAUGUUAAUACUGGCUACACUGGUGUCUAAAUUGUAAAAUGUGGUGAAAUAAAACAGGUGUUUAUUUUAAAUUUUCA